UCCUGCUCCAAACCAAAGUGAAAAUUAGGGGAAUUCGAACUAGUCGUAUCUUUCCCAAAUCCCAACGUGAUGCGUGACAAUGUUACUUGUUUUGAUGAUAAUAAAAAGUUCAAAUAAUAAUGGCAAAUUUCUCUGAGGACUUGUUUGACGUUUUUGACGAGCAGGGCGACGAUAUAGAAAUUCCAGAGGCAAAGAAAGUCGAGACCGAUGUAGGAACGAAGCGACAAUGUGACAAGCAAGAUGAUGAUAUCUCAGGUGUAAAAAAGUUCCGACAGGACCCUAUCUUGGAUGAUAUCAAUUUAGAGGAAGUGGCAUGUCGUAUAACAGUACACACUGUAGAUACCAUAAGAUCUUGCACGCACGAAGUUGCUAUUCCUCCUGACCAAGAAUAUAUAUCUCUGGAACAUAAACAGGGCAAGCCAGCCAAAGAAUACAAAUUCAUACUUGAUCCUUUCCAAAAAGAAGCGAUUCUUUGCAUUGAGAACAAUCAGUCGGUUCUUGUUUCUGCGCACACAUCGGCUGGUAAAACAGUGGUGGCUGAAUACGCGAUAGCAAUGUCACUCAAGGAAAAGCAGAGAGUAAUAUACACAACUCCCAUCAAAGCAUUGAGCAAUCAGAAAUACAGAGAAUUUUAUGAAGAAUUUAGGGACGUUGGUUUGGUAACAGGCGACGUUACCAUAAAUCCAACAGCCAGCGUGUUAAUUAUGACUACUGAGAUUUUGCGUAAUAUGCUGUACAGAGGUUCAGAGGUAAUGCGCGAGGUCGGUUGGGUGAUAUUCGACGAAAUACAUUACAUGCGUGACAAAGAAAGAGGCGUGGUGUGGGAAGAGACGCUUAUACUGCUGCCGGACAACGUGCACUAUGUAUUUCUUUCCGCUACCAUACCGAAUGCGAGGCAAUUCGCAGAGUGGGUGACACAUUUGCACAAUCAACCCUGUCACGUGGUAUCGACGGACUACAGACCCACUCCGUUGCAGCAUUACAUAUUUCCAGUCGGCGGUGAUGGCAUUCAUCUGGUUGUAGACGAAAACGGUCAGUUUAAAGAGGACAAUUUUAACAGAGCCAUGGCGUGCCUGCAGAACACUGGGGACGCGGCUAAGGGUGACACGAAAGGACGUAAAGGUGGUAUACGCGCCACGAACAGCGGACACACGAACAUCUUCAAGAUGAUAAAAAUGAUCAUGGAGAGAAACUUCGCACCCGUGAUAAUAUUCAGCUUUUCGAAAAAGGACUGCGAGCUCUACGCGAUGCAAUUGGCCAAAUUGGAUCUGAACACAAUGGAGGAGAAAAAAUUGGUGGAUGAGGUGUUUAACAACGCGGUGGACGUUCUUAACGACGAAGACAAGAAAUUGCCGCAGGUCACGAACUUGUUGCCGCUUCUGCGACGCGGAAUUGGCAUUCAUCACGGUGGACUUCUGCCAAUUCUGAAGGAAACAGUUGAGAUAUUAUUCGGAGAAGGCCUGAUCAAAGCUCUCUUUGCUACUGAGACGUUCGCGAUGGGCUUGAACAUGCCGGCCCGCACUGUUCUGUUCACGGCGCCGCGCAAAUUCGACGGCAAAGACUUCCGUUGGAUCACAUCGGGUGAAUACAUUCAAAUGUCCGGUCGCGCCGGCAGAAGAGGUCUGGACGAGAAGGGAAUCGUUAUAUUGAUGAUAGACGAGCAAGUAAAUCCGGCCGUAGGAAAGGCUAUUGUUCAAGGUAAACCAGACCCGAUCAAUUCCGCGUUUCAUCUGACCUACAACAUGGUCCUUAAUCUUCUCCGUGUGGAAGAAAUUAAUCCAGAAUACAUGUUGGAAAGAAGUUUUUUUCAGUUUCAAAAUCAAGCUAGUAUUCCAGCUUUGUACAAUAAGGUGAAAGAGCUGUGCGAUGCGUACAACGUCGUGACCGUCGAGCGGUAUGACGAGAUAUCUUCCUAUCACGACAUACGCGAACAACUCAACCGUUUGACAGAACAGUUCCGAUCGUUUUUAACCCGGCCGGAGUAUCUGGUUCCGUUUUUACAACCUGGCAGACUGGUGAAAGUGAAAAACGAGUUCGAAUCGUUCGAUUGGGGCAUCAUAGUGAAUUUUAAGAAAAAACUUCCAAAAAAUCCGGUAAAAGACAAGACCGUUAUCGUUAUCGACGUUUUGCUUCACAUAUCGAAGGAUUCUAAGGAGACCAGCCUUAUUCCGUGUCGCGAGGACGAAGAAGGCGAGAUGGAAGUGGUUCCUAUUUUGCAUUAUCUGAUCACUCACAUCAGUUCGCUCAGAUUGUACUACCCGAAGGAUCUCAGACCGUCUGACAACAGAAGGAGCGUUCUGAAAACAAUACGCGAAGUGAAGAAAAGAUUCCCGGAUGGUCCGCCGUUGCUCAAUCCUAUUACAGAUAUGCGUAUAGAGGACCAGGCUUUCAAAGAAAUAGUGAAAAAAAUCGAAACGUUAGAAAAACGACUGUACGCACAUUCCUUGCACAAAGAUCCCAAUGUGAACGAAUUGUACGAACGAUUUUUACACAAGGAGGAAUUGGCUGCGCAGCUCAAGCAGGCGAAAGAGGAAUUUAAACAGGCGAAAUCGAUACUUCAAAUGGACGAGCUCAAGUGCAGAAAACGAGUUUUGCGAAGACUGGCGUAUUGCACGUCGGCGGAUGUGAUAGAACUGAAAGGACGCGUAGCAUGCGAACUGAACGGCGCCGACGAACUAUUGAUGACCGAGAUGAUCUUCAACGGUCUUUUUAACGCGUUAAGCGUGCCCCAAAUGGUGGCGUUGAUCAGUUGUUUUGUAUGCGACGAAAAAUCAAACGAAAUGCCCAAGAGCACCGAGGAGCUAAGCGGUCCGCUCAGACAGAUGCAGGACCUGGCUCGAAGAAUAGCGAAGGUCUCGACCGAAGCCAAUUUGGAGUUAGACGAAGACGCGUACGUUGAUCGGUUCAAACCUUAUCUCAUGGACGUUAUAUACGCUUGGUCUAAAGGCGCAACGUUCUUGCAAAUUUGCAAAAUGACAGACAUAUUUGAAGGAUCCAUCAUCAGAUGUAUGCGUCGCUUGGAGGAAGUGCUUCGACAAUUGUGCCAAGCCGCAAAAGGUAUUGGUAACGCAGACCUAGAGAUUAAAUUCAGUGAAGCGAUCAAACUCAUAAAGCGAGACAUCGUAUUCGCCGCGUCGUUAUAUUUAUGAUGUGGAGAACUGUGUUAUAGAGUAGAUUUUUUUUCUCUGCGUUUGUUUUAUACAUCUGAGAAUUUAUACAAAUUCUUAUUAAAUUAUGCGUGUUUUUGUGUAUAAAUUUUUCAUUCACAUCGCCCGCUAUCGAGUGUCUGAAAUGCAUUUACAUCGAAAACAAAAAGUAGCCCUAAAAAAAAAACUCUUAUUUUAGACUUCAAUUUAUUCCUAGAAAUUUAAAGUAUAUAAUAUAUAUAGGUAUAUGCUGGAAAGAACUUGCUUCGUUUUCCUUUUUUAUAAAAUAAAAUUACAUUUUUGUCAUGCACGUGACACCACCGUAAAGGGAAAAAGUUCAGCGUAAAAAUGUACGAUCCAGAAGGUAGAUAGAACUCAUUGUGUGUUUGGCUAUCUCGAGAGAUUGUUAAAUAAAUACAUUUUUUUUUUUUUUUAAGAAUAUUCG